CGGCGCAUAACGUCGGCGGCGGCAGCGGCAGCGGCGGAAAAUGUAUUAUUUUAUUAUCGUCGCGCGUCGCCGUCGCGAUGGCCACAGUCACAGCCCGUGCGUCGCGUCAAAAAGUGUAACCUCGCGCGUUUAUGCGGUACGCCUAAUAUUGUAACGAUAAUUUAUAACACAACACCGUGCCGUGUUAAGCCGUAGUUGCCUACGCGAUUCUUGUCGUCCUCGUUGUUGCUGUUCCGACCGUACACUCGUGCGCGCGUAUCGCCGGGGUACCGUUGACCGUCACGGACGACCGUUUGCGACAUGAAAAAGGCGGCGAGCAGAGCGCGCGACGAAAAACUGUUGGCCGCGGUCCGCCAUCGACCGGUGCUCUACGAUCAGUCGACGCACGUGUUCAAGGAUUUCGGCGUCAAGAACGCCGCGUGGAAAGAGGUGGCGUCCGCCGUAGUCGGAUCUCAAGACAAACAGGCCGGUCAGAGUUACUAAUUAUAAUUACAUAGUUUAUAACUGUACUGGGCAAUACAUAUUAAGCGGAAGAUAAGCUAAUAUUGUACCGAAUUCAACGUUACUAUUUUUGAUUUAACGAUAUUGAGCGGGUUUUACUGCAGGACUUGUUGUAUUCGUUGUUUUCGUACGCCGUCGUGUAUUACCGCGGGUUAUGUAUGUAUAUAUAUAGUAGUGGGAAUCCCCGACGCCACCCGAGAUCGUACACCCGCCGCCCGUCGCUUGUAAUCGCCAUUCGCUAUCGGAUGUAUCGGUCGCGUGUAACCUUUCCGCAUAUUAUUAUGAACAUAAAACCCUUCGCUGGUUAUAUCGCACCGAUAUACAACGAUAUCGACACGAUCAAGUAUAUCAAAAAUGAUUCGCAAUUGUCUAAAAAAGAGAAACAUUUUAUGGGAAUAUCUCGCUCCAACGAAUUUAACGUUCCGAGUGCAAACAUAAAAGACAACGGCGGGUUUAGACAAAGUGGAUGGGAAUUCGUAAUAACCGGCUGCGGUUUAUGUGCAUUCGUAUGCGAUCGACGGAAUCGUACACAAAUUCAUUGAUGAUUCUGUCGAUGAGAUUACAUUACCUACUUGACAUCACGUUUACGUACCGGGUAAACGUAACAAACGAAUGGGUUUUUUUAUCUUGUGCGGAAUGGUUGCAUAAAAUGCUUUCGGGCGAACUAUUAACCGCGGUCGCUUUUUCCCGCCAAAUUCGACUGCGCUGUCGCCGCGCUUUCUUUCCACCGUUUAUCGUUUCCUUCGCGCGUACCCGACCGUCUUCACUGGGGACCGGUUACGGACGAACCUUUUGAAUACAAUUCGAACGUUAACGUUCCAAAGUAGUCUGUAGCGCAUUUCGAGUAGGCCGGGCAAAGAACCGUAGAUUGGUAAUUUUCAAUACAGUUUUAAAAUCUCGAAUCAGUUCUGUUAAUAAGCUAAAACAUUAUAUUUUAAUACUUGUAUCGUAUUAUACAUAAUCCGAGUUUUUACUUUAUUUGCACGUAUACUAUUUGGGAAUGGAAAGGAGAUACAGUUUAUUUUUGAACCCUACAGCAUAACACAUUUGUAUAAACUAAAUAAGCGUGUGCGUGGGAAAAAAACGUUUUUCAAGUCUUAUUGUCUCCAUGAUGGAUUUCCUGAAAGUGGUCGGGUGAGAUAGUUCUCGGUAGCUCUCCUAAAUUCCGUCUCGGAAGUUUUUCGCCCUUUAAGAAUCGAAAUGUGUUAGGGUUAGGUUUAAUCCUUCAGAAACCAGGCGCUGGUAUUCCGGCCACUUUUAGGUACUUAACUGCCUACGUAACAACGAGGCGCGCAAACUGUACAGUGUGCACGGUGUAUAUGCCACACUCUGUGUAAAGGUCGUGACGUUCGGGGGGGGUUACGUAUAGGAUACUGGGUGAAAUCCACAGUUGACACGCGCGAUCUCCAUUUCGAUCUUUUAUCCCGUGCUCUCGAUGCCGUACUUUUUGGCCGCCGUUCGUAUUAUCCUAUCAAAAUUGGGUUUUUAUUCUGCGGUAAAAAUCACCGACUCGAUAAGCAGAUUGCGUUUUUCCAUUGAUCGUCACUGCAUCUGCAACGUGGAUUUUGUUAUAAAUAGUACUUAAGAAAUCGGUUAUUAUCACGAUUAUAUAUAACAACGUUUUUUACGGUUAUAAUUCAUGAUACCAGUGGCGUAAUUCAAAUAUUCGGUAGACUCAAUGGCGGAUCUGUGGGGGAGGGAGGUAAUCAAAAUUAAAAUUAACUCUUUCCCAAAUACCGACUAGAUCCAAAUGUUAUAAAAAGCUCCCUUGUCAAUUUUUGAUUAUGGAACAAGAUUUCUGGUAGAAAUAAUGUUGUUUAUAGCUUGAGACAAAAAUAAAAAGCACACAUCAUUGUAAAACCAAUACAUUCUUCACUGCGUUCGAAAUAUACAAAUUUGACUCUGAAUUAUGUAUCUGUAUUCUUUGAGGGCAUACGAAUAAAAGUUACACAAAACAUUUUUCGAUACUUUGACAUUAUUUUCACAGCAGAUUUCAACUUUUCAUUUUCGACUCAAGACAAGGCUUAAUGUUAGACCGGGGCGUAUGCCAAAGUUUCACACAAGAAUGUUCGUGCAGUGGCAGACCCUGACUUUAAUUUCAUACGAGGGGAGGCGAAACCAUUUACAACAAUGAAAAUUGGUAUUUUAUCACAAUGUAAGGACAAAACAUGCUACAUGUAUAUUAGGUACGGUGUUUAGGGAAAGGAGCAUGACCCUAUUGCCCCUGAAAAACUACAUUAUAUUAUAAAUCAAUUGUACUAAUAAAUUUAAAAUUGUAUAGAAUAUAAUAUAGCUUAGCUAUGUAUUGAUUUAGUGGACGGGUGGCACAUCAGUAGCCGUUAAACUUGCUACUCAAUUUAAUUUCGAGGGUUCACCAUUGUUCUUUUCUCCCGCCACAGUUUGAGAGUAGGUAAUUAUUCAAAAAUCUGAGGAACGAAUUAUCCACGUCCAUUGAAUCAAUAUUAAAAUUGGCGCUAAUUCAGUUUCUUACAGGGAGGGGUGCAAACAUUGUAUGAGACCAAUUUCCCCCCCCCCAUCUCCGGCAGUUACCAGUCUAUUGUUGUUGAAAUGUUAUGUGGUUGCAUAAAAUGUCGAUAUAAAUUUCAAAAAUUGAUCAUUUAAGCUUGAAUGCCACGAUCAAUAUAUUGUAUCGAUUGUAAUAGUGAUUAACGCCUAGGUCAAUAAUUAUGGUUAAAAAUGUCAACGGUUGCGAAUGCCAACCCUGCUCUCCCUAGAUUAAUAUGUAGUGUAAAGAAGCGUUCAUGAGUAGUUUUUCGAGUUUUUAGCUAUUAUGCGGUAUUCAAUCGCGGAAUAGAUAGAUAAUUCGGUAACGUUUAUCGGUUUUUAUUCCUACGUCAGGUCAGUUGAUUUCUUUGGGAUCUCGGGAAGGAGGGAAAAUGCGGGAUAUUACGUGUAAAACUACCUGUAUUAUUAUAACAUGAUACUGUGGGAUUACAGUGGAAAGGUUGAAAGUCCGGUGGAAAACCCUGAGGGACGGUUUCGUCAGACACCUGAAGAAAAAAAAGACGCUGGAGAUGUACACGGCGGCGGCGGCCAUGCGGCCAUACAAACUGGAAAAGCAGAUAGCAUUUCUGUUGCCGCACGUAUCGUUUCGAGACGAGGACGACUGUAACGGCGGCGGCGGCGGCGACGGCGACAGUAACGACGACGAGGAAACGUCUUCGCCAGCCACCGCCGACCAGACGACCGUAGUCAACGACUGCGACUCGGUGUACGACCAACAGCAGCAGGCGGCCGACAUGCUGUACGAACAGUCGAACGCGGACAGGGCGUGUCACGAACACGACGCCCUGGACCGGUCGAUACAUUUCCUGUGCAAGACGGCCAUGACCAACAAUUACAAGUAAGCAGAAAAUAUAAUAAUAAUAAUAAUCAGUGGCGAAUCCGGAUUUUAAUUUUGGGGGGGACGGAGGGCAGAGCCAAUAAUUGUUGUACAAUGAAAUUUGGUACAUAUUUUACCACAAUACGAGAAUAAAGAAAAAAAAACUAUGAUACUUCGGGGGGGGGGGAGAAAUUACCCUUUUAGAUCCGCCACUAAUGAUAAUACUAAUUGAUAAUUGAUAAUUAUACUCACACUUUAAAAAAACGAAACGUCGAUUUCACAUUUGAUAUUUUUUCUGAAUUUUUAAUAUUUCCACUGUGUGGGCCGAUCUUGCGUGCAAGCUAUUACUUGAAAAAUGGCCGUCAGUUAUCUAACUUCUAAUUUACCUUUAGUUCCAUUUGUCGGUCUUUGAGUUGCACUUUUUACUUGUAUCUUAUAUACAAUUAGUGGGAAAAAUUGAAAAUUUUACACUUAGAGAACAGGUGUCGUAGGUUGUCGUUUUCCGAUAGGGUGGCCGGUAGCUUGUGAACGUCUGUUAAAUCCUACGUGGCCACUGGCCAACGACUGUCGUGCAACUAAUACAUCCACCUGUUUUUAACUUGAAAACGAGUUUAUUUUUCAAUAUUCCUUGUACUCUUUGUAGAAAUGGGAAAAUAUUUGCAAUUUCGUACCAAAUUAAAAUGUUGCGGUUGGCCAAUUACUUAGAUCGGGCGGCCAGCGGCCACCCGAUCGUCGUGUUUGGCUAUUAUUUGAUAAACUGCAGCCGACGGGCGCAGUGGCGUAACUAGAAUUUCUAAUGCCCGUGGAAAAAUAUUGUAGAUUAACCAAAUUAUGGGACAGUGCAGGGGAAUGUAAGAAAAAAAAAAAGCAAAUUUAUUUAUUUAUUCUAUAACAAUAUCGAUAGCAUUUUAUACUUUUAUUAUUAAUUAUAUUGUUUACUGAUGCCGUAUAGAACAAUUUUUCAGUAUUGAUUAAUAAUGAUUGUAUAAUGUGUAUUUUUUUUUUAUUUUUACUAAAAACUUCAUUUAACGUUUUUUCAACUUUAGAAACUUUUCCUGUGGGAAAAUUAAUGGUUGGUUGUCGAAAAGCGUCAGAGAAAACGAAAAAUAAAAUAAAAUUUAAAGGUUAAGGUUUUUUUGUAUAAGAAUCAUCGUGUACAUAGUAUACACAUUACAUAUAUUAUUAUAUAGGUGUAAGGCAUAAAUCAGGUUAUUUCAAGAUAAUAUGUAGCUUAUCCACAAAAUACCAUCCUAUUUUUGUUCAAUUUAUGAUAUUUGUUGGCAUUCUACUGAGGGAUAUUCCUUUAAAACAUUCCUUGGGUUAAGAUAGAAUUGUAUUGUAAACGAUUUUUAAUCUCACUCUUCUAUCCCCAGAGUUAGGAUUUAACCUUGAAAUUAAAAAAAAUAAUAAUAAUAAUUCAAUACUUUAAUUUAUUUUUUUACUUUCGACCAGGGGUACAUCAUUUGAAAAAAAAAAAAGGGUGACUCCCAACUGCAUAUCUAAAGCAUUUAAGAAAAAAUUGAUGACAAAUGUUUAAAAAUCGAUUUUAUGUACGUUUGUUGAUACAUGGGUUACCUUGUUGCAAGAGAAAAAACCAUAACCGAUUAUAAUCUAAUUCGCUUAAAACAGUUUUUUAAUUGCAAUGAUUUAUCGUUGCUCUCAAAAUAUGAACAAAUUAAAUGUCCUAUACAUUUCAAACUUUCCUUCUACUACAGUACCCUACCUGGUACAAAUUACAUCUCGCUAUUUUAAAACUACUUUUCCUAACAAUGGGCAAAAAAAAGUCAAUUAAACACUUCAGAGAUGGUUUCCGGUAUCAAAUUUUGUCUAGUUGAUGUAUUGGGUAGGUAAUUUUUUGAUUUUCCUUGUGUUUUCUUUUAAUCAUCAGGGAAAAUCGGAAUAAAACAUUAGAAAAUGUAAAUCUUCUCCUUUCCUUUCAUUCCAACUAUCUGGGGUCAGCCAACCCUUGUUCUAAACUUCCACUAGAGAGACUUGACUAUUUUUUUUAUUGCAUUUCAAUAAUUGUAGAAAAUUGAAAUUUUCACCGAAUGCAUAUACUUAUAUUAGCACUCUAGACGAGUUUCAAAUUUGUGGAAAUAUUCUGUUGUUUCAAUGUUAUGUUCAUAGAUAUUUAAAAAUUCUUCAGGUUAUUAAGUUUUAAAAUAAUUGGUCAUCAAUUUGAUAAAUUGUCUUCAUAGUUUCCUAUAAAUAUAAAUAUAUUCAGUUUUUUGAACUUUGACCACACCAAUAGAUUCACUCCAGUCGCGGUCUAAUAGUGUCAAAGAUUUCAUCUUUUAGUAAUGUGGUAAAAUUUUAUUGUUUCUCCAUUGAAACUGACAAUUUCACUUGUGUACUUAUACAUUUACUUUACACUUUUUUUUUUAACCUACACAGAAUGGAAGACAUGGACUCGGUGGAUGCGUUUUUCCACGCCAUGGCCCAAACGGUCAAACAGCUGAAACCCAUCACGGUAGCCAAGAUUAAAAGGGCUGUGUCUAUAAUCGUGUCCAACGCAGAAAUUGAAGAGAUGGAGAGCUCGUGCAGCAGGUUUCCAACGACUGUACCUGUUGUAGUAAAUGAAUCUCCAAAAAUGGAAUAUGUACCAACCUAGUGUAAUCGAUAUUUUUAUGUAUAGUGUAUACCAUUGAAAAAAAUUAAAUAAAACUGUAAAUUACAUUAUUAUAAUAUAUUUUAUAAUAUUAUGUAGAGCUAGUAGGUAUUUACUGAAACAUUUUUUUUGUUUUGCAUCAUGAUAUGAUUGUUGUGAUUUUACUCAAUAGAUAUUUUAAUAAAAAUGAGAACAUCUUAAAUAAAAGUAAAAUACAGUACAUAGGUAUGGUCUUAUCUGUGUGCAAGAAAAAUAUCAAUAGGGCGAAAUGAAAAUGAAAUUAUUAAAAAUAAAAAUGUUAGAAAAAAGGAGAAAGAGUAGAUAAAAGAUAAAGAGGAUGCAAUGUUCUAUAAUUGAUUUUUAUGGUAAUACCAAUAAAGGCACUAUAAAAUAAUAUGUAAUAAUAAUAUAUUUUCAGACUUAGCACAAAACAUCUAACAGUACAAUAUUGAAAUAUAAAUAUUACAACAAUUCUAUAAAAAUGCAUGUAUCAACUGUAUUAAUAAUAAUUAAUAAUAGUAAUAAAAAAAAUAGAUAUUUAAAACUCCCUAUACUUAACACAACAGUUGUGUCUGCUUCUCAUUUUCGAUCAUUUGACUAUAAAUAUGUAAUAUUUUACAUUACAAAUGUUUAAUUGACAAUAUAAAUAAUAGGAAAGUCAUACAAAUAAAUAUACAAACAGUGUAUUAAUUGUAAAAUACAAUAAUUUGUUUACCUUUUGAUUUUUAUAUAUGGAUUGGUCGUCAAGUUUCCAACAAAAAACAGAACAAUCAUUUAAAUUUUUUAGUAAAAUUUAAUAGAAAAAUGAAUAAAUAUUUUAACUAGAUUAACAAUUAUCUAUUUUUAAAUAAUUUAAAAAACUUGAACGUUUUUACAACCAUUUGUAAUGAAAUUAAAAUUUAUAAUAAAAUUGUAUAUAUGAUAAUAUUAAUUAUUAUGAUACAAACGAGAACAAUAAACUCUAAGGAAGAAGUUGUACAUAAUUAGCUGGAAAUAAACCAAAGGUGCCAUCGGGGCUCAACCCCUGCCACCAGCCUUGAUCGAUUUUAUCAAUAUGACAAAUUAUAUCGCCAGGAUCGAAUGAUAUUUCAGUAUCGUCAGCUAGAUAAGUAGACAGUUUUAAAAAAAAAAACUAAGUAACUUAAAUUCUACUUUUAAAGAUCAAUAGUACUACCUGCUUGGUAGUCGUACAAGGCUUCAGCUCUGAUUCCAUAAGUGCCUAAAUCAUUAUUUUGUUCAUUUGAAUUUUCAGGUUCUUCAGUGACGACCAAUCCUGGUUUUGCUAUUUCGAUUUUAGCUUCCUCUGGUUCUGGUUUAUGAACAGCUGAUUCUGAUAAGACUUUUGGAAGCUCCUCUUUAAUUAUUGAAUCUCUUCUGAUUCUAUCAGCAUCCUAUAAAAUAUA